AUGGCAGGAACAGCAACAGGGUGUUACAAGUGCGGCAAACCAGGUCACUGGUCACGCGACUGCCCUUUCUCCGCUCCCAGUUCAAAUCCAAACCCUAACCCUAACUCCAACACCGCCGAUCUCCCUCCUUCUUCUUCCUCCAACCCUUCCGGCCCUAGAUCCGCCAUCGAGAAGCCCAAAAAAAUCCCCCGCACCCGCCCCAAACUCACUCCUGAACUUCUUCUCUCCGACGACGGCCUCGGUUACGUCCUUCGUUAUUUCCCUCGCUCCUUCAAAUACCACGGUCGCGGCCACGAGGUUCGUGAUUUGGGUAACCUGAUUGAAUUGUACUCUGAAUGGCACUCUCGUUUGCUCCCUUAUUACCCUUUCAAUCAAUUUGUUCACAAAGUUGAGCAAGUUGCUGCUACAAGGCGCGUCAAGACGAGCCUUAGAGAAUUGAGAGAAAGAGUUGCAAAUGGCGGGGAUCCGUCAAAAUUGCACGAACCACCAGGUGUGCAAAACACCCCAGUUACCGAGCAAGAAAAUGGGGAAGUAACUCAUCAAGAUAAUGAGAUGUUUGAUGAACCUGAAAAUGUUAUUGACAUUCAAGAAGACAUGCUCAAUGAUAUAUAUGACCAAGCUACUGAAGAACCUUCUCGGCCCAUGCAAAAUGUGAUUGGUACGAGUACAGAUCCCAGAAGCAAUGCAAUUGAAAAGACAUCAAAUGAAGCCCCGAAUAAUGGAGGCAGUCUGUCCAGCAAUGCUGAGAUAACAGCAGAGCAGCGAGCCCGUAUGGAAGCAAAUAGGUUGAAGGCAAUUGAAAAAAAAUCAAAUGAAGUCCCAAAUAAUGGAGCCAGUCUGUCCAACAAUACCGACAUAACAGCAGAGCAGAGAGCCCGGAUGGAAGCAAAUAGGUUGAAGGCAUUAGAAAGGCGUGCUGCUAGAGCCAGCCUAUCACAGGCUUCCUAG